AUGCCGCUCUGUCUCACCUUCAUCGACUUGAAGAAGGCUUUCGACCCAGUUGUGACUGAAGCGGUCAUGAAAGCCUUGGACAAUCAAGGAGUCCCCACUCAGAACAUAAAGGGAGCUAACCCGCUCGGUUAUAAGAACAUCAAAGAUGUGGUGAAGAAGAUCAUGAACACAUUGCUUUGUGCUCACCUCUUCAACACCAGCGUACUUCCUGCCUUAACCUAUGCUUCUGAAACCUGGGCAUUUGGCAAGCAGGAAGAAAAUGCUGUGGGCGUUAUCAAACGCUCAGUGGGAAGAGUGAUAGCAGGAGUAUCCGCUUCAAGGAAAUAA